ACCUACCUCUUACCGGCAGCGCUGAAUAAAACUAAUACUGUUGUUUGUGCAAACCUAAGGAUUGACGUUUAUUAUAAACUACGCAUGUUUCACUGUUAUUUAAUUUAUUUAUGUAUUUUUAAUAGAUACCAUAAUAGUAUUUUCAUAUACCUGAUAAAUAUUAAAAAUCAGUAGGUUACAGGCAAGCGUUUAACCAACUAGUAUAGUUGCUAUUUCAUUAUUAGUCAUUAUGUCUCAAAAUGAGAACAAUCAAAAUAGCAUUCCUCUGAAAAAGACAUCCGACUUGAAAAAUGAAAAAAGAGGAGCAUUUGCAGCUAUAUUAUUGUCCGGAGUGAUAAUCGCCGUAUUUGUAGUGUAUUAUUUAAUAUUAGGAGAGGAGUCACGAAAAAAAAAUUCAUUACAACUCAUCAUAGCCAUUUUUAGACAAGGUGACCGAAGUCCAUUGAAAUGGGAAACUUAUCCUAAUGACCUGUAUGCACCUAUGAGCGAAGGGACAUGGCCAGACGGCCUUGGGCAGUUGACUAAUGCAGGAAAAUUAAAGUCAUAUGAAUUUGGAAGACGAUUUCGAAAGCGAUAUUCGAAAUUUCUUCCAGUCACCUAUAACAGUAGCUUAGUUUUGGUCCAGAGUACAGAAACUGAUCGUACACAAAUGACAGCGUCAGCAUUUUUAGCAGGAGCAUUUCCACCCAACGGCAAACAAAUUUGGAACAACGAUUUACAAUGGAUACCUAUACCAAUUCAUUCGAUACCUCCAAAUCAAGACAACAUGCUAAGAGUUACAAAAUCCUGCCCUGCUUAUGAUGCAGAAUUUGAAAAAGCAAAAAAUGAAACUGAAAAACGAAUGUUAGUUAAAUAUGAAACUUUUUUCAACUAUGUAUCUAAUCAUACAGGUUUAGAAAUAAAACAUCUUUCAGAUGUUGAAAAUAUAUUCAAUUCAUUAACUAUUCAGCAAAGAAAUCAUCUGACAUUGCCAUCAUGGGUAAAAGUAAAAAAUUACAUGGGUCUUAUGGAAAAUAUUGUCUUAGAAUGGUUAGUUACUUAUUCAAAAACGGAUUUCAUGAAAAAAUUAAGGUCCGGAAAACUCAUCGGUGAAAUAGUUAGAGUGAUGAGAGACAAGAUGGAUGGAAGAUUAAAUCCUGACAGAAAAAUGUUUGCUUACUUUAGUCAUGAGCAAACGUUAAUUGAUUUUUUACAUACAUUGGGGAUGAAAAAUCUUUUUAAACCUAGUUACGGAGCCUCAGCUUUUGUUGAAUUACACAAAAUCAAAGAAGAAUUCUACGUAAAAGUAAUGUAUACAAAAACCUAUGACACUCCAGAUAUUCUAUCCUUGGAGAUGGAAAGCCAAACAAGUUUUUUACCAACGUUAGAAGAUUUUAUAAUAUCAACAGAAAAUUACGUACCAAAAAACUGGGAAAAAGAAUGCCAGCUUAAAUAAAAUUUAACUAAUGUUAAUUUUAAUAUAAACGUUAAGUUAAAUGCAUAUAUGAUAUACCUAUAACUAUAUUAAUAAUAAUUUUUAAUCCUUUACCUAACUAAUUUGAAUUAUAUUAUAUAAGUAUCUAUGUAUCUUACGACUGUUGUAAAGUAAACCAUAUUAUAUAAGGACAAUGCCCAUUUAAUAAGAAUAAUUAAUUGUACAAUCUUUACUCAUUGAAAAUACUGAUAUUAGUGGUAUUAUUACAAUAUUAUCUUUUAUUAUAUUACUUGAAUAUAGUGAAUGGAUUAUAGAAUUAAUUCAUAAAUAUAAUAAUAAUUCUAAUAUGCUACAUCCAAUGGCCUUAGCAGCCGCGGACCGUUUCUGUUAAUAAUAAUAAUAAUAAUUCUCAAAUUGGUAAUCUACAAAAACGAUGCCUGAAAAUAUUAAGUAUAGGUAUUAGGUCUAUUAUAUUAGAGCACUGCUUUUUGAAUGUGUUGCCAUGUCAUAAAAAUUGUUUAUGCAAAAAAUAAAUUAAUAUGUAUUUAUUGAUUAUUAAAUGAAUCAACAAAUCAACUGCUUAGUGCUCACCACCUAUAUAUUAUAUUGUAAUGUAUAAAUCCAUUUAUAGAAUUUAUUAUUUAUUUUCACUAAUAAAUGUAGUCAAACUGAAGGUAUAAAAUAUACAAAGCAUAUUAACUCAAAAUUCUUAGGUGUUAUAUCAGUCGCAAUGUUGUAUACACUUUUUUUGUAAAUAAACAUACACUUAUUUAUACUA